AUGACCCGCCUUGCCUCUCCGAAGAUGGCCAGAAUGCAACAGUUGUCGAACGAGCAUGAUCAGGAGCGCAACUUUCGGGAGCUUGACCGCAUCCUCGCCCGAAGCUUCGUCCGGGAGCUCCUGCGCCACCGUGCCAGACAGCCUUCCGGACCGCCCACGGACAGACUGCUACGGCCUCGGAUGGACCUCUGCGAUGAGCCUGCGAGCGCUUACAUCGUCGCCACUCUCGAGCUGCCCGGACUCAAGCAAGAAGACCUCUCCGUGCGGAUAGAGAACGGCCUGCUCGUCGUGCAAGGCGAGCGACGCUUCCGCUCGCUCGCGCGCACCCCGAGUCGCAGCCUCGCCGCAAGCCCCAGCCCCGACCCCGCCCAUGCUGGACAAGGUCCGGUGGCGUCCACGAGUGCCCUCGCCCGCGCCCAGUCGGCGGAGCCGGCCUCCCGCGCAGGCUGGCCGGAUGCCCAGCAGGGCCUGCCCUACGCGUAUACGACCCAGGAGAUCAAGUACGGCACGUUCCAGCGGACGCUCGCUCUCCCGCUGGGCACGCAGGUCGGGCACGUACGCGCGUCGCUCACGGAGGGGAUGCUCACGCUCUCGUGGCCGCGCAAUCCGCACGCGGUGCCGGUCCACGCCGCCGGCCAGGACGACGCUGCCAGUGCGAGGGCGAGAGAGCAGCCCGGAUCCGUCGGGCGAUCCGGCUGA